AUGAAAGACAACACUAAAGACCAGAAUAAACUAAUAUCCUAUGGAAAUGGUGUACUGGACGUCACUGAGAAACUGGUGUCUGCACUGGUGAGGAAAACAGACACCAUCAAAUCCAUCAACAUUUCUCUACAAUCUUUAGAGGUUCAGGUAAUUAUGAUUGGACAGAACAGCUCUGUGAACGAAAUCCCCUCUCUGAUCACAAGCACUGCUUCCAUGGAUAUCGAGCUCACUGGGAUCUUGAAGAAUAACAAUGGAUCAGCUGCUGUGGCAUUCAUGAGCUACACCAACAUGGCAGCCAUCCUGAAACUUAAGGUCUUUGACACAUCUAUGAUUAGAAGGAAAAGCAUGAUGUCUGCUGUGGUGUCAGCAACACUUCCCCGAACCACCAACACACACCUCACUACACCAGUCAACGUCACCUUCACACACAUCAGAAAGUUAGACCCUGAAGGUGUUCUCUCCUGUGUCUACUGGAAGGAAACUGAGUGGGUUGAAGAUGGUUGUAGCAUCACAAAGCAAAAUAGCACUCACACUGUGUGCUCUUGUGAUCGUCUGAGUACCUUUGCUCUCAUCAUUGAGACUGACCCAGUCGUGACAAAUGCUGUAAUCUGCACCAUCACUAUCAUCAUCUUGAUCUUCACUCUGAUACGGCUGAAAAACCAGAACUUACAGAUGAGUAACACCAAUGAUACGAAACUCAUAAUAACUGUGAUGUUUAAAAGCCUGGCCCAGUUUUUUAUCCUCGGCUGCUCCUGGAUAAUCCUCUUCAUCCCAACUAAUGAUAGUCUGCUGUAUACUGUCUUCGAGUUCAUCAGCUCCCAGCAGGGCACCUUCAUCUUCCUGGUCCACUGUCUCCUUAAUCAAGAGGUCAGACAGAAGUACAGGAAAUACCUGUGUGCUUUCUGCUGCUUCAGCAAUCGUAACACUGCUACAGCAGAUGUGCAGGUGACUCAGGGAACAGCAUGA